AAAACAAAGCGAAUUGCUACACUGCUAACAAUUCAUACUAAUUUAUAAAUACUAAUAAUAAUUAAGAAUGUCGUCAUCGGGAAAUGUUGAAGAGGAAAUUAGAUAUUCCUACAAGCUUAUUGUGAUUGGAGAUUCAGGAGUUGGAAAAUCAUCAUUGAUUGUUCGAGCUGCUCAUAACAAGUUUAAUUUGAAUACUAAACCAACAAUUGGAGUUGAUUUUGCUUCAAAGGAAAUUCAAAUUAAGGGAAAUACUGUACAUGCUCAAAUUUGGGAUACUGCUGGACAGGAAAAGUAUCAAGCUGUAAUGCCUGCAAUGUAUCGUGGAGCUCAAGGUUGUAUGGUUGUCUUUGAUAUUACAAAUAAGGAAAGUUUCGACAAUGCUGGUAAAUGGGCAAAUCAAUUAAUCAAAUAUGGAGAUCAAGAGUGUAAAAAGGUACUCGUAGGAAAUAAGUGUGAUUUGAAUCAUUUGAGACAAGUUUCAAUUGAAGAAGCAACAGAAUAUGCCAAAUCUAUUGGAAGUGCUUAUAUGGAAACUUCAGCACUCAAUGCACAUAAUGUUGAACUGGCAUUUAAUACGAUUAUGAACGAAAUUCACUCAAAGACUCCUCCAAAAAAUAUUGUCAAUCCUCCUGAUAUUGUUCCACCACAACCUAGACCAAUUGAUAUUACAAAACCUCCUGUUACACCAGGAAAUCAAUGGAGUAUUUGUAAUUGUUAAUAGACAGUGAAAUAUUACAAAAAUGGUGGUAUAUUUCCACUUUAAUUCGAGUUCAGCAAUAUCAAUAUAUGUGUAAAAUAAAUCUAGUUCAAUAAUU